UGUCGUCCCCCCCCAGCCCCUGAUGCUGCUGUCCUGGCCAGGUGAUGUUCUGCACCCUCAACACGCACAAGGUGGACAUGGAGAAGCUGUUGGGUGGCCAGAUCGGCCUCGAGGACUUCAUCUUCGCCCACACCAAGGGUCAGCGCAAGGAGGUCGAGGUCUUCAAGUCGGAGGAGGCCUUGGGUCUCACCAUCACUGACAACGGCGCCGGCUAUGCCUUCAUCAAGCGGAUUCGGGAGGGCAGUGUCAUCGACCGCAUCCCGGUGAUCAGCGUCGGGGACAUGAUCGAGGCCAUCGACGGGCACAGCCUGGUGGGCGCCCGUCACUACGAGGUGGCCAAGAUGCUGAAGGAGUUGCCCCGGGGACGCACCUUCGCCCUCCAGCUCACCGAGCCCCGCAAGGCCUUCGUGGUGGGGCUGGGGUGGGGUUAA